AUGACUGCUUCUCCAUAUCGUCACGUAUACGCUGAAGUUGCUAAGGUAGACAAGUCUUACCAGGAGGUCAACAUCUCCACAACAUCCGUUGACACAAAUCUUCUUGCUGCCAACUACCGCUAUGUUGCUUACCCAGUCGAAACAUCUGGUGGCGGUCUCUUCGCAGUUCUCCCAGCUAACGGCUAUGGCAAGGUCGGCACAACAAACUCUGUCUUCCGUGGCCAUACAGGUGGCGUUCUUGAUGUUGAUUUCAACCCAUUCAACGACAACAUCAUCGCCUCUGCUGCUGAAGAUGCUACACUCCGCGUUUGGCAGAUCAAGUUCAACGGCACAGACGUUGAAAAGCAGAACGAAUCCCUCGCUGUCAUGAAGGGCCACUCCCGUCGUGUCCAGCGCCUUACAUGGAACCCAGCCGUCAACGGUGCCAUCGCCACAUUUGGUGCCGAGAACUCCGUCAAGGUUUGGGAUGUUGCCAAGGCCCAAUGCGCUUGUACAUUCAAGCCAGGCAAGGAUUCCCUCCUCGACAUCAACUGGAACCAGAACGGUAACCUCCUUUGCUACCCAAUGAAGGACAAGAAGCUCCACGUUCUCGAUAUCCGUGCCAACACCGAAACAUUCGCCGUUCCAUCCCACCCAGGUCUCCGUGGUGGCCGUGCUGUCUUCUACGACAAGCUUAACAUGGUUGCCACAACAGGCUUCUCAGCCUCAUCUGGCCGCCAAGUCGCUGUCCGCGAUAUCCGUAACCCAGAAAAGCCACUCGCCCAGCUUGAUAUCGACUCCAACAACGGUAUCCUCGCUCCAUUCGUUGAUGAGGAUCUUGGUGUCCUUAUCCUCUUCUCUCGUGGUGAUGCUCUCAUCCGCUUCUACGAUCUCCAGUCCGCUGAGAACCCACUCGUCCAGUGCAACUCCUUCCAGAACAAGGAGGCCGUCCGUGCCUUCGCUCGUGCUCCAAAGUACUGCGUCGACACAAACGUUUGCGAAAUCGACAGAUUCUACGUCAUCAACCAGGCUAAGCAGCUCCAGACAACACAGGUUAUCAUCCCACGUAAGAACGCUGAGAUCUUCCAGGACGAUAUCUACCCAGAGACAAUGAAGCCAGUCCCAGGCGUCGAGUUCGAUGACUGGAAGGGUGGCAAGGAACCAACAUUCCAGAAGUUCUCCCUCGAGAACGGCUACACACCAGCUGAUGGCCCAGCUUUCUCUGUCACAGCUGCUCCAGAAGAGACAUUCGAAUCCCUUAAGGCGGAGAACACAAAGCUUAAGGCUCGCGUUGCCGAGUUAGAAGCUGAAAUUGCUAAGCUCAAGAAAUAA